AUGCCAUUAUGGUUGAAUAUAGUUUGUAUAGUUAUAUGUGCCAUAUUAAGUGCUCUCUUUUCAGGUUUAUCAUUGGGAAUAAUGAUGUUAGACACUUUACAGCUAAAUUUGUUGAUUUUGGUAUCAGAAAAAGAUAGAAAAGAAUUGAAUAAUGCAAAGAAUGCAAGAAAAAUAUUACCUUUACGAAAUAAUACUAAUGAAAUAUUAGUUACAUUUAUAACAGCAAAUAUUAUGGUUAAUUCAGCUUUUAGUUUAUUAUUAAGUGAAAUAACAAAUGGAAUAACUUCUUUUAUUAUUUCUACAAUAAUUAUUACCAUAUUUGGAGAAAUUAUACCCCAAUCUAUUUGUUCUAAACAUGGAUUAGCCAUUGGGGGAUUCUUUGCUCCUCUUAUUUACUUUCUUAGAUUCUGUCUUUAUAUAUUUGCUAAACCAAUUAGUCUUGUAUUAGACCAUUUUGUGGGCAAAAAUGUACUAAAUACUUACGAUAAAAAGCAAUUAAAAGCUUUGGUUGAUAUGCACAAAAAUACAACAAAUAUAUUACAUGAAGAUGAAGCAAAAAUUCUUGUAAGUGCCUUAGAACUUUCUCAAUAUAAAGUUAUGCACAUUAUGACUGAUAUAGACUAUGUAUUUGGCAUAGAUUAUAAUAGUGUUAUAAACUAUGAAACUUUAAAAAAGAUUUUACGAAGUGGAUUUUCUAGAAUUCCUGUCUUAAAUAGAAAUUAUUCUGAAUGUAUAGUAGGGCUUUUACAUAUAAAAGAUCUAAUUAAUAUUUGGUUUGGAAUUAAUAAAAUUUUAUUUGAUAAUAAUUCUCUAAUGAAUUAUAGGAAAAAAAAAAAGUGUAAAAAAUACAAUGAACAUUAUAAAAAAGGGAUAAAAUAUGAAAUAUUAUAUUAUAAUAAGUGUAAAUCUAAAAAAAAUAAAACUUAUAAUAAAAUAUAUCUACAUAAAAAUAAGAAAGUUGAUGAUUAUAAUUUUUUAUAUACAGAACAUGAUCAUAAUAAUACAAACGUAAAUAAUAACAUUAAUAAUAAACAAAAUAAUAAUAUUAAUAGUAAAAAAAAAAAAAUAAGUAAUAAUAAUAAUUAUUAUUAUUACAAUUAUGAUGAAAACUAUAACAAAAAUAAUGAUAUUAACAAUAGGUUAAAUUGUGAUGAUAUAAAAAUAAAUAUUAAAGAAAUUGAUAAUAUACAUAAUAAGGUAUUAGAAAAUAAAAGUAUAAAGAACAAUAUGGAAAUGGAAAACUGUUAUUUAAAUAAUAAUUUAUCUUAUAAUCUAAGUUACAAUUCCAAUGAAAUAAGAAAAUUUUCAAAACUCAAAAAAAAAAAAAAAAAAUGGAAAAAAAAUUCAGAUUUCACUUUUUCAUCUAUGAAUAAAAAUAUAAAAUUUGCUGAAUUUCUAUCAGAUAACAUAAAAAACAUAAACAAACCUAAUGUCUUUUCUUUUAAUGAAAAUGCAUAUCCCAAUGAUAGAAGUAAAAUGAAAUUAUGUAGUAAUAAUAAUGAGCACAAAACUCAAAAAAAAAUGAUAAAAGAAAAUUUAAAUAGAGAAAAAAACAUAGAUGAGAUAUUUUUGGAUUUAAAGAAUUACAUAAGAAUUACCAAUAAUAAGGAUAUAGAAAUACCAGUAAAAUAUAUUUUAAAACACAUAGGUAGAUAUAUAUAUGGAGUAAAUUAUGAUGAGAGUAUUUUAUCUCUUUUAAAUUUUUUUAAAAGUGCAAAUAAUCAUAUUGUUGUCGUAAGAAAAGUUAUUUAUGACGAAAAUGCAGAUCCAAAAUACUCUCAUAUUGGAAUUAUAACACUAGAAGAUGUUAUUGAAAUUUUAUUACAAGAAGAAAUUUCGGAUGAAUUUGAUUUUAAAAAAAUAAAAAAAGGAAUUGAUAUACCUUCCAAUUUUGUUUGGAAAAAUUCUGAUGAAUCAUUUAACAUGCCAAUAGAUUGUCAAAAUAAAAAUAAAAAUUACGAAAUAUAUGAAAAAAAUAAAUAUAAAAAGAAAAAACAGGAUGAAGAAGAAGAAGAAAAAAAAGGAGCAUAUAAAGACAAAAAUAAAAAAGAGAAAGAAGAAGAGGAAAAUGGGAACUGUAAUAAUAUAUCAAAUUACUCUUUAAAUGAACAAAAAAUUAAAAGAUCACAAAUUUUACUUAAUUAUAAAAAAGAAAUUAUAACUUUUCUCAAAGAAAGUGUUUAUUUUAAAUAUAUAGAUACUCAACUAAUAAGUAAAUAUAUUUAUAAAAGGAAAAUAGAAACCAUUUAUAAAAAUGAAUAUCUAUUAAGAGAAAAUACCUUUUUAAAUUAUGCAAUUAUAUUAAUAAAAGGAAAAGUAAGAAGUUUAAAAAAUGAUAGUUCUACAAUGGAAAGUAAAUGUUUCAUUGGGUUAGAAGCUUUGGGUCCAUUUAACAUAAUCGAGCUUUUUAAUAAUACUAUUGAAAAAAGAAUUAAUGUUUUAAAAUAUUACGAAGAAGAAAAAAAAAAAAAAAAAAAAAAAUUUUUUAUAAAAAUGCGUUUGAUUAAUAAGAAUACUUCUAAAAAAGAAAAAAAAAUAAAAGAAAAUAUAUUAAGUAAUCCAUCUAACUCCGAAAAUGGAACCAGUUCCAAUGUCAUGGUUCAAAAAAAUAUGAAUAUUCUGUUUAGAAAGUGGUAUACUCAGCAUGUGUAUUACAAUAAAAUUACAUAUAUAGCAGAAACAACUUGUGAAUAUAUGCUUUUUCCGAAAAGCGAUUAUAUGGAUAUGAUAAUAGAAUGCUACUGCAACAAUAAAGUAGAUGAAAUAAUCUAA